AUGUUGACCGACUUUACAGCCCGUGGCAAUCGGAAAGGGCAGAUGGUGUCGAAGAUGAAGAGAAACCGACCCGCUGACCACGAAGUGGAUGUCAUUCCGCGGGCCUCACGACCGAGUGCCACAUCAGGAUUGGAAAGCAUGGAAAUUGGUGAGAACUCGGAAUCGUCUUUUGAGUUGAUAGACGACUCUCUGUUUCUGGACCUCGAUUCGCGCUGGGAUGAAGAUCUGGACUGGAUUGUAUCUGCUGAACCUGAGGCGCAACGUAAUGCCCUCACGCCUCCCACCGUGGCUGAAGUAGCAAGAGACUGCUUUGUAGAUACUGCGCACUCAGUGGAGAUGUCGACUCUCGACCCUUCCAUCCUAUUCAUGAAUGAGUCGACAGCCCUGCCACCCAUUCCUCAGGAUCCUUUUGACCAGUAUCUAUUUACCUACUAUAUGGAGACCCUUGCUUUGCGACUGUACCCGGUCAAAAAAGACCAAAAUCCCUAUCGAACAAUAUAUGGGGCUCUUGCAACGGAGUCAGAACCUCUAUUGAAGUCGAUCAUGCUAGCGUCUGCACUCCAUCUCACUAAGCAAGGACGAUUACCCAGAAAACGCAUUAACUCUCCUCAGAUCAUCGGUACCGGAUUGGCGACAUGGAGCUCGAAGCUUAUAGGCUGUCGUCGACUGUUGGAAAUCGCUUUCUCGGCUUCAACAAGUACCAAGACCCUCACCGGCCUGCAUUGUGUCCUUCUUCAAUACAACUGGGCAGUUACGAUGGGCAAGACCCUGACUGACGGCACGCCUUUCGUUCUGGCAAUAGUACCAUCUCGAGGCAGCUCCACCGAAGGGCUAGAGAUGGCCUCCCAUCAGCGUCAAUGGUGGGACAACUUACCCGACUACCAGAUGCAUCUCUUCCUGCGCGAGGCGACCGAUUAUUCCCUCGCUGUGGCUCGGAUCAGCGCUACCGGAUCAAAGGACGAGAUGUUGCGGUUGAUGCCCCGGGUCGCGGAUUUGGUCAACAGGAUCCAGGGAUGGCACCCGAAUAUAUCCACGGUUCCUGAAGAAUUCGUCAGCUCAAUUCAGCACUUCAAUUGCAUCUGGAAGGUGGGCAUGCUGUGCUUUGUGUACAGCGAGAUAUAUGCCCUCGGGCCCAAUGACGACCUGAUCAAGGACUUGGUGCAGGCUUCCAUGGAGCCGCUGGAUAAAUUGUCUUGGCUCCAGGCUUGUUUGUUCCCUGUGUUCAUGAUUGCCCUGCAUGCUCGGACCGAGCAAGCACACUCCAGGUUUGAGGCGAAGUUGAAUGAAAUGCACACCGUUUUAGAAUUUCAGGGACCGCUUUCCGUGAUAUCCAUUCUGAGAGCCAUAUGGCAACAGACGAGUGCCACUCACGAGGGUAGAGUGCAAUGGAGGGAGGUUAUCAGGGAACUAGGAGCGGAGAUCAACGUUUUACUUUGA